UCGUAUCUGAAGACACGUGCGCGUCCUAAGCGUGUUUUUUUUUACUUGUUUCCAGUUCGUGGAAGGUGCGGGCUGGACGUCCACUUUACUUUGGCCAGUGCAGCAGCCGUGAUCUGCACCUAAGGCACAACCAUGAGUAUUCUGCUAGAGAAGCUCGUCUCCAACGCGGGGGACUGGCGAUGGAUCACCACGGUGCUAGUCUUUGCGCUGUCCUACCUACUGGGCCGCUUCUACCACCGAGUGUCCAAGUACCCGAGAGGACCCUUUCCGUUGCCGCUUGUCGGAAACCUCUUGGCGCUUCGCAACGUUAAGGACUUGCACUUCAAGGCGACCGAACUGACCAAAACGUACGGCGACGUAUUCACCCUGUGGAUGGCCCACAAGCCCAUGGUGAUCCUGAACGGCCACGCCGCCAUUCGAGAAGCGUUCCUCGAGCGGAGGCACGAGUUCGCCGGACGCUUCCAGACCAAAAUGGGUGAAUUGCAAACUCAGGGCAACCAUGACAUCUUAUUCGAAGACUACAACCCACGAUGGAAGGCCCUCCGAAAGGUCGCUCUGCUGGCUGUGAGGAAAUACGCGGUGAGCGACUCUCUGGAGAAGCUAUGCGCGGAUGUAGUUGACGCCUACGUGGACUCCUUGCCAGACGGACCUCAGAUCAUCGACUCAAGAACGCCAUUCUUCUACUUGCUCUACAACGUGAUCGGAGUAUCAGUCUACGGCACAAAGUUGGACGGAGAGGACAAGGAGAUACGGCGCCUGGAAGCUAUCGACUCCGAGUUCGUCGAGGUCGCGCCCAACGGCCUGCCGAGCGACAUCGCGCCCUGGCUGGCAUUUCUGUACCGUGGACGGGAGAAGAAGAUUGAGGACCUGUUUCGCGAGUUCAGGGAUAUCGUCAAUAAUCUUUUCACCAAGGCUGAAGCCAGCUACGUCCCAGGCAAGACUGAGAACUUCACGCACGCCAUGCUUGCCGCUCGAGAGGAAGCCAUCCGGGAGGAGAAAGGAGACGCCGAAUACCUGACCAAAGGAAACAUGGUGCAGGUUGUUCUUAACAUCUUCGGCGCUGCAACUGACACUUCGGCUGGAGAACUUCAGUGGCUGUUUUUGAUGCUGGCCAAGGAACCGAGUAUACAAGAGAAAAUCCAACAGGAAAUUCAGGACAACAUCGGUAGCACGCCACCAGUCUACAAGGACAGAGCCAAGCUCCCCUAUACCGUGGCUUGCCUGCUGGAAGCGCUUCGCUUCCGACCCAUAGCUCCACUCGGACUACCCCACAAGGCGUCUACGGAGACCAAAGUUGGGACACUGGUCAUACCCAAGGACACCGGGAUCUUGUACAACGUCUACGGCGUGAACCACGACCCUGGGUUGUGGGAGAAUCCCGAAGAAUUCAGGCCCGAGCGUUUCUUGGACUCGGCCACGGGAAAACUACGCCAGGAAGUUGGCCCUCUGAUAACCUUUGGCAUGGGUCCCCGGACAUGUCCAGGAGAGAAACUGGCACACAUGGACAUGUUCUACAUUCUCGUGCGACUCAUGCAGAGACUCAGCUGCAGCGCACCAGGGAAGCCUUCGGAUGUGAACCUCAGCGGCAAUGACUCCAGCAUCUUCCUGUUGCCCGAAAAACAGAAUAUUGUGCUCACGAAGAGGAACUAGAGUGGUGCUCGGACCAUGGCCCCUUUUUUGAUCUUGCAAUACAGUAAUACGCUUUCUGUGUUUCGA